UUUUGUUAUGAGUUUUGAAAGAAUUAGGAGAGGUAUUGCGACAUAACUUUUUGUUUUUUUGAGGUUCCAGUCUGUGCCUCGAUUGUCAGGAUACUGCCACUCGAGUUUAACGUUAGACCUUCAUCAAUAUAAUCAUGAUUGAUGAAUCACUGUCAAUAUGCCUAGUUGUGCAGAUGAGAUCAUUCCGCGUCUAUGGCUUGGUGACAUGCAAGCAGCUGAGUCUCUGAACUUCCUCCAUGAUAAGAAGAUCAGCCAUGUUCUAAGCUUAAUAAACGUACCCAUCACUGUACCAUCUGAUGCUAUCAAACAUAUACGAGUCAACAUCCGAGAUCAGCCGGGUGAAGAUUUGCUACUACAUGUAGAGGGCAUCCUCGCUUUUCUGGACGAUGGGCUUGACCCUGCCAAAGAGGGCGGUGUGCUUGUCCAUUGUGCAAUGGGGGUCUCAAGGAGCUCCUCAGCGGUCAUUGCCUACAUCAUGUACAAGGAGAAGUGCCCUCUUAUGACAGCUCUGAAGAAGGUUGUAGAAAUACGCCCACAAACAUGCCCGAAUACUGGAUUCAUGGAGCAGUUGAAACUGUUUGAAGCCAUGGGCUGUCAAUGUGACCCUGCCAACUCCCUAUUUAAACAACAUCGACUAUCACACCUAGCAGAGGAUAUCCAUUCCAGAGAAGAAAUCCCCAAGGAUCUUGUAGCAUCAGAUCCUGCCAGCUCAACACCUGGUGCUUCUCGGGAUAAUGCACUAUACAAAUGUCGCAAAUGCAGGAGAGCAUUGUUUUGUCAAUCCAGCGUCAUCGGUCAUGAGAACACCAAAGGUCUUUGGAACUUUGGCUGGCAUAAAGACAAAGGUCAGAGGUCAAAGUUCAGCAGUGGGGAGCAAGGGUCGAUACGAUGCACAUCGGUCUUUGUUGAACCCGUCUCAUGGAUGGAGUCAUUCCUUAUGAAUGUUCUUGAAGGAAAGAUAUCUUGCCCAAAGUGUGAUUCAAGAUUAGGCUCGUUCAAUUGGUCAGGUGCACAAUGUUCCUGUGGUGUGUGGAUGACGCCUGCUUUCCAGAUCCAUCUCAACAGAGUAGAUCACAUGGUUCCGGUUCCGUGAAGCCUUCUCAGUUUCCACCUUCAGAGGGCGAAACAUGAUGCGACGGUGAUGUGUCGCAACCUCCAGGCUUGAUCUGCACCAGCUGUUGGUAGAAUGUACUCAGCUUUUUCAUGUGGCGCGAAUGAAAAUAUACAGUCCGACCUCUCUUAUCUGGAUCUUUCUGUUAUCCGGACGCACACAGGAAUGCAAGGGAUUCCUCCCCCCCCUACAUAGUUAGAUGACUCUGGCCUGUGUGCUUUGUUUAAUACUGCGAAUACACAAGUAAAAAAUCUACUCAUCCCCCAUGAAGUGUGGGGGGCACUUUCGUUGAUGAGUGGAUACCAGGCGCGACCAAAGAAAUGCGUAAAAAAGAUCUCUAUUUCAAGAUUGGGCAUGUUACAUAUGUAAUGUAUUAAAUAAGGGUGUCAAAACACUAAAACACUGAAAAAAAUCGUAUAUACAUUUCGCUAGGAAAGCUACGUUUUUUCGGUCGAAUUUAUGAGGGUAUAAAAAAAAAAAAGACUAAAAUGCUUUAUAAACUGUGCUUAGGGUCUGAUUUGAGCAAGGUGUGGGAGUUGGGGCGGUGCUAAAUCCAAUGUAAGUACAGGUAAUGUCGACAUCUGUGAUAACAUCCGUGACACGACAAUCAUAAUAUCACUGUACUUGUUUAGGGGGUCAAUUCAGGGAAUACUUGUCAAAGGUACCGUUUUGUUUUCCAAUAGUCUUGUUAAGGGUAGGCUUUAACACGCCAAUACGUGCAUUUUCAGAAUAUGGAAAAUACUUGUUUAGCGUGCUUUUUGAAACCCCAUGGUUGCGCCUGGUAUGCACUCGUCAAAGAAAGUGGUGUCCACGGGACCCUACUAGUGAAUCUGCCCGAGAUGAAUCUCUUGGGACCACAAGAAUCUGUUUUAAUUUAGGCAGAAUUCAGCAUAAAUAAUGCACGCUUUGCAUGAUUUGGGUGGAGUGGCCCAGUGAUUAGUCUCUAGACUUUGAAACAGAGGGCCGUUGGUUCAAACCCCAGCCAUGACAUAGUUUCCUUCACCAAGAACUUGAUCCACAAUGUGCUGCACUCAACCCAGGUGAGGUAAAUGGGUACCUGGCAGGAAUUUUUUCCUUGAAACACGGCGCGCGUAACCGCUGCUUUGCUAAAGCCAGGGUAGUUUAUGAUGCAUUACUGUAGAGCACUGAGAGACUUCUGAUAAAGUAAAUGUUACGCGCUAUAUGAGCAAGUAUAAUUAUUAUAUGUCUGUAAAUUUCCAAUUCAUUAUUUUACGUACACAUGGUCAACUUUAGCAGGCUUAACUGUAGUUGGAAAGGUGUUUCGUAUCACAAAAUCUAAAAAUAGCGCUCGAUAAAGAUAUGCUUUUCCUUGCACAUAUGAAGAGCAAAUGUGAUAACGGUACUUUUUAUUGUGCUGGGCCAGCAUGGAUAUGGUAUUCCAAGCAAAACUAGCGAUGCUGUAAAUGUGGUCUUGAAGUUUUAAAUUCAUUGUUAUCAUUUCACCCUGUGUCAUAAAAGAUUAUGCGUGAAUAUAUUGUAUUGCAAUCUAAA